GACGGGCCGCUCCGAGCUGGAGGCGGAUCAUGGACACCGAGAGGACCGAACUUCUGAGUGGAAAAGUGUUUGUUGAACAUGAUGGACGCAUCGGGAAGAGAGCCAUGUCUGAUUCAAGCUGACGUCUGAGGAGCAUCAGUCUGGCUGAGAGAAGGAACCUCUCAUCCGCAGCUUUAACGCGUCCUGACCUUCCCCAACCACUGCUGCUUCAGUCCAUCACCAGAUUAGAAUGUGCUGGUUCCUGUCCAGAUCUAACCAUGAGUAGGACUGAGAAUCCUAAAGCGAGGCCGGUCCCCGUGGCCCUCACGCCCCAGCUGCCUCCCAGAGUCCACCGGCCCCUGUGUGUGUCGGUUUCAUCUGACAGCAGCGGCCGAUUCAAGGCUCUGGAGACGCAGGAGUGGAAAAACAAUCUCAAGGCUCAGAUGGAGCAGGCCCACAGUGCAGGAGCCGCCAGCAGCACAGGGUCUCUGGAGCGAGCCUCCCUGUUCUGCGCCUCGGCUUCCACGAGUAACUGCAGCUCCAGCCUGCCCAGUCCGGUGGAGAUCCUCAACAAGAGUAAAACCUCCAGCCGCUUCUCGCUCUUCUCUCCAUCCUGGAACAGCAGCUUUGAGUCUGAAUCGACCACUCCGUCCCGCUCCGGCUCCAAGAAGCUGAGGAACUACAGUAGAAGAGCUGCCACUGGGCCGGCCGGAGCCAGGGCCCCUGAUGCCCCAGAUCCUAAACCCAGCGGCCCUGAACACUUCCAGUACUCUGAACCCGUCAUCUCUAAAGUGACGGAUUACAUCUAUGUGGGCAAUCUGAACGCGGCGUACAACGGGCGUGCGCUGUGCCGCAACAACAUCGACAGCAUCAUUGACAUGAGCAGCGUGCCGGGAGAACCGGGACCCUCCCUGAGCCUCAUACCCUGCACCUGCUCCAGAGGGGUUCGGCACAGCUGGUCCCGCCUUAAAGUGGAUAUUGCUGAUGUGCCGGAGUCCCAGGGUGAUGGCUCAGCACUCAAGGAUUGCUGCUUUGAGGACAUCAACGAGUGCAUUAAUGCCUCCACGGAGAAGAGGAAGCGCGUCCUCGUUCACUGUCGGGACGGUUUCUCUCUGGCGCCCACGUGCAUCAUCCAGUACCUGAUGGUGAAGCAGAACAUGAAGCUGAUCGCUGCCUAUGAGCUGCUGAGAGCCAAGUACCCGGUCAACAUCAAAGAGUGCCACCAGAACGUGCUGGUGACCCUGGAGAAGACUCUGCGGCCCGGCUCCAACGUGGACCCCGAGUGCUUCAAACAGGCCAUCUCACGUAAAAUGGCCUGGAUCUGACCCCCCCCGUUGAUCCAUUUUCCCAGAAGCCAACCAAGGGCAGCUGUACUUUUCCCAGAUGUUCCUGGAUAUUAUUGAUCCCCAUUUCAGUUGAGUGGUUGUGAGAAUUUGUUGUAUUUGUUUUCCGGGUGUACAAAAGUGGUUUAGUUGUCACCCCCACCCCAUAACCUCAGCAGUUAGGCGCUGCAGCGGUCUGACCUGCAGUGUGUACAGCUUCUCUAUACAGCAGUAGUACUGUGGUGGGUGUGUGAAGUCUUUGUGUUGUUUUUAUUGAUCAGGUGAAAUUCUUCAUGGAUGAUCUCAGGAGUUUUCUGAUGUCACACAGCGUGGGAGCUCCACAAGACCAGGGUUCUCUGAGCCCGUAGGCACAUUAGUGAGUAGAAUCCACACCUGGACUAUAAUGUGAGCUGAGAACCAGAUGCAUCUUUCCACAGAACAAUAGGCUACGAUCGGGGGGUGGGGGGGUGGAGUUGAUGCAAUACUGAUUUAAGUGGAAUUACCUCUCAGGCAAAAAACCCAACACAGAAAUGUCAGAUGCACUUAAAACAAUUGUUCCAUUUUUGCUUUUUAUGAUGGUCAGAUAUGCUGCCUCCCUUCCCCCGCUGCAUGUGUACAUCAGGACUACAGAAGGGGGGGGUAAUGGUACAUGCACAUGUACCCCGGUGUCACAGUGCAGGUGUCUCUGGUAUCAUGACGCAUGCACAGGCGAGUGCCUAGUCAGAUGUUACCUGAGUGAAAAGGUGAGUCAGCAGCUAGCUCCAGGAAGAAGAGUCUUCACACACAGGCGCUCGCCUAGUGAAAUGUUUUUAUUUCAAAUUUUCACUUUAGAAAACAUUCAUUUGUGGUUUGCACCAAGUUAAAGCAUUUUUCAUUUUGUUCCUAGUUUACUGAGAGGUGAGCGUCUGGAGUCCAUUAUGACACGUUUACAGUUCAGACUUGAGUAGGGUUGGUUUUGGGACUAGGAGAGUUAAAUCUCAAAUGGAGGCAGACCUGGACCUUGGGCCAUGUAUACCAUUACACCCCCAGCCGGAGGAACAUGACAGUUUCAUCUCUUCCCAGAACAAUGAUGUUUAUGACAGUAGUUGGGUCAUGCCAUUAUUAUUACUGCUACAAGGUGCCAGAGUCUGACUGCUAUUAAACUGGACAACAACCUGAAACUCCAGUGCUAGCUCGUCUGGGCGCUGAUUAAAGUCCUAGCUGCACUCUCUCAGAAUUCACUGAAAUAUGUGCUGAGCCUGGAAAUGUUGACGUUAUGUCAGCGUUGGCGUUCCUACCCAAAGUAGUUCUAACUGCAGAGUCAAUUGUUUAAUGAUGCAACAUGAUUGUUUUACUCUGCAACGGGAGUCGUCGUUUUCCUCUUUGAUAUCUUUUCAUCUCUAUACUCCAGUUUGCACAUGAAUGGUCUUUGCACUGCGUGAUGUUUUGAAUCAUGACAAUGUGACCACUUGUUGGUUUUAUCCAAAACAAAUAAGUUGUAAGUAAGUUGUACAGAGCUGUCAACACACUCCAAGGAUUUUUAUUUUCUGAAAUUUAAUACAACAAUAAAGGAUGUGUGUGUGUG